AGAGGCCCAGGGCAGCGCCACACAACAGUGGCAGUAUCGACAAACGUUCACACAACGUUUAGACGUAACAAUUCUGUGUCACUUCAUUUCUUAUUUUAGUAACUAGAUCAUUUCAAACUUAAAUUUUCCCCGUUUUAGUUGUUUAAGUGUUAAGUGUAUUUUAUGAUGUUUUAAUAACACGAAGUGCGGCACCCAUACAUGCAAUAUUAGGCAAUUACGUAAUGGGAAUUAUUAUGCUAGAGAAGUUUAAAGUUUUACCCUGAAAUUCAACAUGGCCGCUGACACAGGAAUGGAUACUUGCUCCAGUCCGGAGAUCACGGACUCCAGAAAGCGCCCGCUGGACGGGGACUCUGAGAAUGGCGACGUCAAGAGGUCGCACUUCAGCUCCGUGCAAGACCUGGUGACGGCCUUGCCUCUGGCCAACGGCCAUGGAAAUAUUACGUCUCAUUUUGCAGUGGAGCCGACAUACCACUUCAAAGUACUGGUGCCGUCCAUGGUGGCCGGUGCCAUCAUCGGAAAGGGCGGUGAGACCAUCGCGCAGCUGCAGAAGGACACCGGCGCGAGGGUCAAGAUGAGCAAGUCCCACGACUUUUAUCCUGGUACGACGGAAAGGGCGUGCCUGAUCACCGGCUCCGUUGAGGGCAUCAUGGUAGUGCUGGAGUUCAUCAUGGAGAAGAUAAAGGAGAAACCCGAGCUGGUCAAGCCCUUCCCCGAGGGAGUAGACACCAAGAUGCCCCAGGACAGAGAUAAACAGGUGAAGAUCCUCGUGCCCAACUCCACGGCGGGCAUGAUCAUCGGCAAGGGUGGCAACUACAUCAAGCAGAUCAAGGAGCAGAGCGGGAGCUACGUGCAGAUCUCGCAGAAGGCUAAGGAGCUGUCUUUACAAGAACGCUGCAUUACUGUUGUGGGCGAAAAAGACAACAACAAGAAGGCCUGCGUCAUGAUCCUCCAGAAAGUGGUCGACGACCCGCAGUCCGGGUCGUGUCCGAACGUGUCGUACGCGGACGUGGCCGGGCCCGUGGCCAACUACAACCCCACCGGGUCGCCGUACGCCGUGCCCACCGCCGAGGUGACCGAGAACCACGCGCUGGGCGCAGGCGUGGUCGGUGGUUCCGUGCUGGUUAACGGUUCAGGACUCGGCGCGCUCAGCCUCACACUGUCGCUGGCGCCGCCCGGCUCGCAGCAGCAGACACCCCUCACACAACACACGCUGGACCACAUCAAGAUGGCCCUCCGGCAGUCGGGGUACUCGGACGCGGGCAUCUCGGAGAUCUCGGCGGCGCUGGCGCUGCUGGUGAAGCACGGCGUGCUGGGGCUGGCGCUGCCGGCCGCGCUGCCCGCCGCGCCGCUCUCCGCCGCCUUCUACCCGCUGCCCACGCACGCGCACGCGCACGCGCACGCGCACGCGCACCAGGACCAGCCCGUGUUCGGCCCGCUGUCGCAGGUCGGCCUAGGCGGCGGCCGCGGCGGCGCGUCGUUAGAGCGUUUCGCGGAGGUAGCAUUCGAUGCGCUUCGGCCCCCAGCCGUGGCGCCCAUCUCGCUGUCGGCGCAAGUCGGCUCCGUGGCGGGCGUGCCGUCCGUGCCCGGCUUCCCCGCCGCCUCCCUGUUGCCGCUCAGCAAGUCGCCCGCGCCCGCCGACCAGGGCGCCAAGGACUCCAAGAACGUCGAGAUCGCCGAGGUCAUCGUCGGCGCCAUCCUCGGUCCGGGCGGCCGCAGCCUGGUGGAGAUCCAGCAGAUGUCGGGCGCGAACAUCCAGAUCAGCAAGAAGGGCACGUUCGCGCCAGGCACGCGCAACCGCAUCGUCACCAUCAGCGGCUCCGCCUCCGCCAUCGGCAACGCGCAGUACCUCAUCGACCAGAAGAUCCAGGAAGAGGAGAUCAAACGCACGCGCCACAACGCGCUCUCCGCCGCCUCCGUCUCCGCCGCCACCGCCGGCCUCAUGCAGUAGUCUAGUCAUACAUGUCAAGGCAGUGCGCAAGGCGACAGUUACCUUGCCGCGACAAAAUCUCACCCCAACUCGGUACAGUGUGUCGAAUCACUAGUUCUUUCGAUUUUUGUGAGAAAAAGACUAGUGUCGAGGUGUCUGGGCGCAUAAUCCGCACUUUUAUCAUUUCCUUUUCCAUGUGAAACACGAUUGUGUCAUUGAAAAGAUACGUUUUUGUGACACCUCACAGGAUCGAAAGAGCUCUUGGUUCUGAUUAAAAACUACACAGAAUGUAACGCUUGAGGGUUCGGUUUGUAACGGCCUUACUGCUAGUUAAGAGUUAUUGUUUUGUUUGACGCUCGCAGCUCUCGACGCUUGCCGCGUAGCGUAGCGGGGAGCGUAAAGUGUAAAUGGGGCCGUGCAAUAUGCAAGCGACCCGCCGCGGCACGCGUCGACACAUAGUUACCUAUUUACAAAUAGAUUUUAUUCUAUAUUAUUGAUUUUAUGCAUGUACUAUAGUGUUGGACAUAUAUCUGGUAUAUUUUGUUCGUCGCGGUCUGCCUAGCAGAGGAUAUUGUUGUGUAAGGUUAAUGAAGUUACGAUUGUGAUAAAUCCUAUCACGGAAAUUCCUAUUCCAUGCACAUUUUAUUUUUGUAUAUUGUUCACCGUGCAUCGCAUACAUUUUAUUUACAGAGUUGAUAUCAUUGUAAAUGUUACCAUUGAUAAGUUAUGUUUAGUUAUUAUAGGUUAGUUGAAACUUGGAUUCGGAUAAGCGAUAAGCGAGCCGCCUAAGCCUCGGUUGACAUAAUAAUUUUGUUUCGUUUUAUAUUUGACUCGAAUGGUCCGGCUAGCGGAGUCGUCGUCAUUCCUCAUUUCUGAACGUGAAGAUCUUUAUUUUUUAUACAUUUUUAAAUAUUUCGUUUUAUUUUUGUUAGGAACGUUUCGCAGCCGUCGUCCGGUCUAAAAUCGUUUGACAACAAUAUGAGUACAAUCUAAACAAAAUGUUAUAAUACAUGUCCAGAAUAGUAGAGAAUUAUAUUUGACGAUACGUAUCGUUGCAGAUAUGUUAAUAUUGACAAUAUGACAGAAAGUUAUUUACAGUCGGAGCAGGCCGGGCGCGCUCGUGCCGCUCGCAGGCCUCGCCGCUCGGCCGCCAGUUACCUCACGUGCCAUGUUGUGAGCGGGCUCCAGGGUCGAGGUUAGUCUCGACCCGUCACCCCGCGACCCUGUCCGCUGCCCGUGCGGCGAUAUACUUAUCGAGGAAUGAAGUACAAAUGAAGUGUAAUAAAUAAUAAUAAUAAUGAAUUCGAAUCGGCUUAAAGAGUUAAUUGUAUGUAACGUACGAUAGUGUGUAAGAAAAGGAAUUGAGAGGCGUUUCUCGAGCUCGAGCUCGCGCUCCGCCACCGCCGUGGCCGCGCGACCUGCCGAUGCCGUAGACUAGCGUAACUAUGUACCCUAUAGCUAGAACUUAUAUUAUAUAUUCAAUCUUUAAAGUGUAGGUAUCGCUGUUAACUUUCCGGUGUUUUCGACUUUCUCAUUCAUCUUAUUAUAUACGGGGUAGUGCAGAUAUCGUCUAGUGUCAAUUAUCGGGCGGGCGGGGCGGUACCUACUCCGGCCCCGCCUGGAUGUCGAUUAUACGCGCUCAAUUUUAUUGGAACUAAAUCUUCAUUAGUCUGUACGUGUAAGUGACUACGUCAAUUAUUCUAAACGUUCGGUUGAUGCCACUCGGCCAGAGCCCCGUUAGUCCUCUCUUCGCUCGUCUCCUCUCGCACCGGUUCCUGAGUUACUCGCCUCUCGUUGCGUCGGGCUCGCGGCGUCGUCGUCGCGGCACCGGCGCCCCUCGCCCCUCGCCCCUCGCCCCUCGCCCCUCGCCCCUCGCCCCUCGCCGCCGUCUCGGCCGCCAAGCUCCCUCGGCGCCGCGAACUCGCCGAUUCUUAAAUAGUUAUCGAUGGAAUUCUAGUUAGUUAUAAUUGUCAUUAAAAUCAAUAUAAACGUAUAUAUAGAUAAUUUUAAAAUAACUGGAAAAUGUUAAUGUUGUUAUACUGAAGUUGUUACAAUAUUUGAGAGUAUAUUAACGUGAAUACAGAAUAAUAAUUUUAGUGCGGUACUAUCCGUUUAUCGCGUGGGAAGAUAAUAAAUGCAACGUCGUCCGGAAUAUUUUGUGUAUCGAAUGAAUUCAGAAGGGAAGAGAACAAGGUUGAUACUGUUUCUGUGAUACUGACAAAUACGCCGCGCUGGCACGCUUCCCGCACCCCUAGCGCCGCCCGCCCGCCGAGUGCCCGAGACGCUGCCGUCGCCGACGCCGACGCCGACGCCGACGACACAACACACAACACAACCGUAGCGCUGAGGCACUUGCAUCUAGUAUAUGAUAGCGAGUCGCUUCGCGCGAUGUAGACAUGAUAGGGGCAGGUGAUAAGUUUGGCACUUGUCGCGCUGACGUUGUUAAACGUGGAAUACUCAUACAGUAGCAAGCUACGUGUUGCAUGCGUCAAGCGUAACGACCACGUCGAUAAUGUCGCGUAUAGGUUUAAGCUCCGUACGUAGCAGUAGCACCGCGUCCAAGGUCUAGCUCCGCUGUAGCGGUAUACAGCCUCUCGGGCACGGAGCGCUCGGCCGCGGCCGUAGUCAGCACCCGGACAGCGGCCCGUCGUGUGUAGUCAGUAGAGCCGCACCCACUCUCGUUACUAGCGCUGUUACACUUAGGUAAGUUUCAAUGUUGUAGGCUAAGGUAGCUAGCGAGCCACACGAGCGGCCCGCACACGCGACCGCGCAUCUCAUCUUUUAAUUUUAAUAGCUAAAUGUUGUUGAAUUUGUUGAUAGAGUGGUUUAUCGUAUAGUUUAGAGGUAUAGGUACGUGAAGGCAGCCGUCGGGUGCGCUAGGCUAGUAAGAUACUGAUUCGAUACUGUGUUUAGGAUCAUGGCUGUGCGUUCAAGUCGAACUCAACAUUAAGACAUCACCAUAACGCUUGUUUUGGGCGCGAAUCGCACGCGGCCCGCACUCUGUAUAUAAUUGCAUAGCAUUUUCAUUUACGUUUUCUCCUUGCUCAUUGUCAUCAAUUUAUUAAAGACUGAGGAAUCAACUUGCGCAUAUUGACAUUGUCACGAACGCGUCCCGAGAGGUAGGGAAUAUUGUAAUAUAAUUGUUUGUCAUUAAAAUUUUCACUCGGUUUCAUGUGGAGUCCGACGGACGUAGUCGCGUGCGAUUCCCGCAGUACACUCGCCGUUUUGUAUCAAGUACCGUAAGUUAGGCUAGAUCUAGGAGGGAUUCGUAAGAGUUUACUGGUUUAGGUAUAUAUAGGGGAAGGCACCCAGCAUCGGACGUGCCAGCGCUCAGAGCUUGUGACAGAGCACGACUGGACCCUGGUGUUGCUGUCCUUGUCACUCCCGCGCUCGCAGCCGGCCGGUCCCGUCCGAUGCUGUCGUAGGAUAAGUUUGUCAGAACGUUAGUGAGUGUACGGUGUGUAAGCGCCGCCGCGUGUGGCAUGCGACAUGCGACACGGCGGCUUGCCGCGCGCGCCGCACAUGCCGCACGCCGCGGCGGCCGAGCUGCAGUCUCAAGCGCCGUUCAGUCGUUGUGUCAUCACCUUUACACAUGUUGAGAUUGAUAUGUUGUACUAAUUCUAUUGAAUUAUAACUUGUUGCGUAUAAUAAGUAUGUAUACAGGCGCCGGUUCGGUGCGUUAUGUAUAAUAUCGAUAUGUUGAAAACAUUUGUUGCUGUACAGUUUCAGUGAUGAAAUUUUUAUUUUAUAUUAUUAGUUAUUUUGUUAACUUGGUUUACGACAAACGGGUCUGCAAUCUUAUGUAACGAGAAAUAAUUUCUAAUUAAGUUUGAAUUGAAAUGUUGAAUAAUAUCUAUUGAAUUUAAAUUUGGGUAUAUUAUAGUCAAUGUUAAUAUUUAGUUGUACUGUCGAUAUUGAUUUUCUAAUGAAUGUUAUUUUGCAAUGUUGUAAACGAUACGAGGUAUAAAGGGAGGUUACAAUGUCUUAGUGUUUAAAAGCUCGAAAACCAAUUAAAAGGUACCUUGAACAUUGUCUAUAUUAUAUUAACAUUAAAUAAAUUGCAAAACGA